UACAAAAUCAAUAUACUGAGACUGACAGUAUCAAUGCUAAAAAUAUCCCAAACAGAGAUCCUUAUCCAUCAAUCCAUACAUUUGUAUGAGGUCAUUUGGGGGAGGCCGCGCCGGAGGAGGAGGAGGAAUGGGCGGAGGAACCGGCGGAAUCAUGAGAACCGUUGUUCAGAGGGCUAUUAGGUCUGGCGCCGGAGCCGGAGCCGGCGGUGCGUCGGCCGAGCCAUUUUCGCCGUCCUCGAACGCCUCCACCGCCGUUCGUAAUAGCAAUUCCAGAAAAUCCAACAAUUUCAAUACAAACAGCUCCCCAAACACGUCCUCCGCCCUAACCCUAUCUUCCGGCAAUGACAGCAGCGGAAGGCAAGCAUUUUGUUCGCUGAUAGAUUUGCCUGCAUCCACCUGGGGGCACGGCUCGCCGUCUACCCUCAGCGAUGAAUCCGAUUGGGAGUGUAUAGAUGGAAAUGAGGAUGGGAGAACGACGCGUGCGUUUCACGAAGAUUACUUGUUCGGAACGGUUCCGUCGAAAGUCGAAGUGGAACACGCAGUUUCUGCUAUUCAACAAGUGUUUGGCGCAUCGUCUUCGAGGAGGAACAUUGUUGAGGAGGAUCUGGAGAUGGAUUGGGUGGAGCCAUCGCUGCAUUUCAAGAGUUCAAGAAAGCAGGUUCAGCCUCAUGGAUCAGACAGAGUAUACGAUACCUUCCAUUUGCUGCAAUCCGAACCCUCUGUUCAGAAAAUGGUGAAGUCUCUGUCAUCUGACGAGGCCGUGUGGAAUGCUGUGAUGAACAACGAAGUUGUGAAGGAGCUUAGAGGCUCAAUUACUGCAGCCCACAAGAUAGACGACGAAGAAGACGAAGAGGAUGAAGAUAGUAGCAAGAUGGAUGAAGAUAGUAGCAAGAUGGAUGAAGAUGAUGAAGAUGAUAAAAGCAAGGACAGCCCCAUCAUCAAUUCCCAGCCAUUGAAGGAGCUAUUGCACUGGAUUGCCGCGAACGCCAAGGCAAGAAUCGCUCGGCUGAUUGACGGGGUCAUGAAGCUUUUUGAGCUUCCAAAUGACAGUAGCAAGAAAGGAGAAACGGCAGAUUCAUUGGACUACAAUCUAAAGGCAUCGGUGCUGAUUUCCGUGGUGGUGCUCUUGGUUGUUGUAGUGGCUCGAUCCCAGAGCUCCCGCGGCCGAGGCUGAGGCUGAUCAGAAUUCAUCCCCUCUCUCUCUCUCUCUACAUAUAUCUACAUACAUACACACUGCAAUUUUCUUGUGUUUCCUUAAGUUGUUUUAGGAGGGUAAGUUUAUAGACUCACAACUUUGAUUUCAAAUAAAACCAGCAAAAGCUACCAUAUUUUCAUUUAA